AUGGCUCAGGGCUGCCCUUCCUUCAAGGAGCUCGGGCUCGACCUGCGGCUGCUCAAGGCGGUCCAGAAGCUUGGCCUCGAGACACCCACGCCCGUCCAGGCCCGCUGCAUCCCGCUCGCGCUCGCCGGCAAGGAUGUCCUCGCAAAGGCGCCGACCGGCUCAGGAAAGACAUACGCGUAUGUGGUGCCGAUGCUGCAAAAGGUGCUGACGCGGCAGGACGCGGCUCCGGGACCGACCCUCUCGCCCGGCGCGCUCGUCCUCGUGCCGACGCGCGAGCUGUGCCAGCAGGUC